AUGGCUUUAGCAGUCAGAACCAAGUACGAGUUCUUUGGACCUCCCGGUGCCACGGGGAUCGUCUUUGGUCUGCCCGUUCUCCUGUGGACCUUGUAUUUUGGCUGCAAUGACGUCUCGGGCUGCCCGGCGCCGGCGCUGCUGAGUCCCCGCGACCUCACGUGGGCCAAGCUCAAGUCCGAGAUUCCGUGGCCCGAGAAUGGCGUGCGUGGCUUCGUUAGCUGGGAGGUUACCUUUUGGGUCUUUGCCUACUACUUUUUGAGCCUCGUCCUUCACCGUGUCAUGCCGGCCGAGGAGGUGCUCGGUACCAAGCUGAGGGAGUCGGGUCGUCCCCUCAAGUACCGAUUCAAUGCCUUUAACGCCUCUGUCGUUCAACUCAUUGCCUGCGCAUUCGGGACUUACCUCCAGGGUGCCGACUUUGUUGUUUGGAGGUUCAUGACCGACAACUACCUGCAACUAUUGACGACCAACAUCCUCCUGGCUUAUGCCAUCUCCAUUUGGGUCUAUGCAAAGAGCUUCUCGGUCAAGCCUGGCAACCCUGAAAUGCGUGAGCUUGCUCAGGGUGGUCACACCGGUAGCUUCAUCUAUGACUUUUACAUCGGCCGUGAGCUUAACCCCCGCAUCACGUUGCCCUUCUUCGGCGAGAUCGAUGUCAAGACCUUCCUCGAAAUGCGUCCCGGCCUCACGGGCUGGAUCCUGCUCAACUGCGCCAACGUUGCCAAGCAGUACCGCAACUACGGUUACCUUUCCGACAGCAUCUUGUUUACGACAGCUGUGCAGGCCUACUACGUCCUCGAGGGCCAGUACAUGGAGACGGGCAUCUUGACCAUGAUGGACAUUACCACCGACGGACUGGGCUUUAUGCUUACGUUUGGCGACAUCGCCUGGGUGCCCUUCCUAUAUUCCACGCAGACCCGCUACCUGUCCACGCACCCUGUCUCGCUCGGCCCCUUUGGCCUGGUCAUCGUCAGCGCCAUAUUCGCCACCGGCCUGUACAUCUUCCGUGCCUCCAACACGCAAAAGAACCUCUUCCGCAGGGACCCCAACCACCCCAGCGUCCGCAACCUGUCAUACAUCCAGACCAAGCGCGGCACUCGCCUGCUGACCGGUGGCUGGUGGGGCAUGUCUCGCCACAUCAACUACUUUGGCGAUUGGAUGCAGGCGUCACCCUUUAGCUUGCCGACCGGUAUCGCUGGCUACAUAAUUCUGCCCGCCGGCAGCGCCGUCGCCGAGGCCGGAGUGACAAUGCUCGACGGCCGUCAGGUCAUCCAGGGCGCGGCCCGCGGAUGGGGUAUGCUCUUUACCUACCUGUACGUCGUCUACUUUGCCGUCCUUCUCAUCCACCGUGAGGGCCGUGACGAUGUGGCCUGCUCCGAGAAGUACGGCGAGGACUGGGAGAAGUACAAGAAGACUGUCAAGUACAAGAUCCUCCCCUACACAAUGACUAUGCAGCGCCGCACCGGUUCAUGCCUCUGCGGCAAGAUCACGCUUACGAUCCACGGCCCAGCCCUGUCGGCCAACCUGUGCUACUGCACCAACUGUCAAAAGUCACUCGGGUCCGUCAAAAUCGAAUACAACGACCCAGAGUCAAUGAUGCGUACGUACGCUGACACGGCGACCGACUCGGGAAACACGGUCGGGCGGUCGUUUUGUGCACGCUGCGGAUCGCCCGUCAGGGGCCACAGCAGCAAGUUUCCGGGCUUCGUGAUAGUGCCGGUCGGGUGCGUGGACGGCGCGGACGCGGACAAGGUGGAUCUCAGGCCGACGGCUGAGUACUUUUGCAUCAGCAAGGCCGCGUGGGUUCCCGGCGUGGAGGGGACCGAGAAGGUCGAGUUGGGCCCGGCGAUGAAUUACAGUUGA